AUGGGAAAUAAUUUUUGUUACUCAAAAAUAGACUAAGAAUCAACCAUAUCGUAAUUAAUUUGUUUAUAGAAAUUAAAUGAAUGCAAUGUAUAUCUAACCAUUGGAAAAAUAGAAAAUGAAGCUGUUGAUUGUAUGGUAUAGGAGAACGACUAAUUUUAAAAAUUUCCAGUUCCAUGUAAAUUUUAAACGAAUGAUAACACGUACAAUUUCAUCAAAUCUACUGAAAAAAAUUCAAAAAAUUAUAUUUAAGUUUUGUUGAAAAACUAUGUAAAUGGAGCUGGCUAAAAUCAUAAUGAAGGAGAAAAGUAAAAAUUAUAUGAAAUAAUUUAAGAUGUUCUUAAAAUAGCUGAUGAAAGAUAAAUGAGAUCUAUAGCGUUUCCAGUAUUUUUAAUAAAAGAUUAUACAACCUCAGCAACAAUAAUGCUUAUGGCAAUAAAAAUAUUCAUUGUAGAAUAAAUCUGUUAAAGACUGACAAAAAUUUAUAUCAUUUUAAAUUCCAUUGAAUAAGUCUCGAGUUUCAAAUGGGUAUUUUCAUAGGUCUUUGAUAUAAGAAAGUCCUAAAGAUUGUAUGAUAGUUCAAUCAAUGAAGAUUGGGAAUUGAGAACCACUGAACUCCUAAACUAAAAUGUGUAAAUAGUGAAGAGUAGUAUGCCUUGA